GGAGCGGACUACUUUAACAGUGUGACACACACCAGGUCCAGAUGAGGAAUUCUUCCAUGGAUGGACGGGCAGGCUGAGACAUACUGUACAAGGAGUGGAGCAUCUCACACACACACACACACACACGCACGCACACAGGGAGCCUGGACCUCCUCUCUACACCUAUCCUGAACCACAGAGACAGAGGACACGCGCACAAUCCCACACACACAUAUUCUAAAUCACACUAACACACAGAUCCUCUGAAAGUGGAGCUAUGGGAACCGUCAGUGACCUUUGUGUGUCCAGUUUCCAGGCGUUUCUGUGCCCCACUGUGAAGGCCCCACCUACAGUCCCAGACGAUCUCACUCCGGAGGAGCAGCAGGAGUUGGAGAACAUCCGCCGGCGCAAGCAGGAGUUGAUGGAGGACAUUCAGCGGCUGAAGAAUGAGAUAGCCGAAGUGACCAGUGAGAUUGAGAACCUGGGCUCCACUGAGGAGAGGAAAAAUAUGCAGAGGAACAAACAGGUGGCCAUGGGCCGUAAGAAAUUUAACAUGGACCCGAAGAAGGGGAUCCAGUUCCUGAUUGAGAAUGACCUACUGAAGAACACCAGCGAUGACAUCGCCCAGUUCCUUUACAAGGGGGAGGGGCUUAACAAGACCGCCAUCGGCGACUACCUUGGGGAGAGAGAUGAGUUCAAUCUCGAGGUCCUGCACGCCUUUGUGGAGCUUCACGAGUUCACAGACCUCAACCUGGUUCAGGCCCUCAGACAGUUCCUUUGGAGCUUCCGGUUGCCAGGUGAGGCUCAGAAGAUCGACCGCAUGAUGGAGGCCUUCGCUCAGCGCUACUGCCAGUGCAACCCCGGGGUCUUCCAGUCCACGGACACCUGUUACAUCCUGUCGUUUGCCAUCAUCAUGCUGAACACCAGCCUGCACAACCCCAACGUGAAGGACAAGCCCCCGGUGGAGCGCUUCAUCUCCAUGAACAGAGGCAUCAACGACGGAGGAGACCUGCCCGAAGACCUGCUCAGGAACCUGUACGACAGCAUCAAGAACGAACCGUUCAAAAUCCCAGAAGACGACGGGAACGACCUCACACACACCUUCUUCAACCCGGACAGAGAGGGCUGGCUUCUGAAGCUGGGUGAGUGCGACCAGGAGCACAGAUGCAUGCUGGGACAUGCAGAGGCCUACAGGACUGGGUCUUCACCAGGGUUAAAUAAGACUAUAGGACUGUCCUCAUCAGGGUUAUAGAUGACUGUUUUCCUCACCAAUGUUAUAUAGGACUGUGUCUUCACCAGGGUUAUAUAGGACUGUGUCUUCACCAGGGUUAUAUAGGACUGUGUCUUCACCAGGGUUACAUAGGACUGUCUUCACCAGGGUUAUAUAGGACUGUGUCUUCACCAGGGUUAUAUAGGACUGUGUCUUCACCAGGGUUAUAUAGGACUGUGUCUUCACCAGGGUUACAUAGGACUGUGUCUUCACCAGGGUUACAUAGGACUGUGUCUUCACCAGGGUUACAUAGGACUGUGUCUUCACCAGGGUUACAUAGGACUGUCUUCACCAGGGUUACAUAGGACUGUGUCUUCACCAGGGUUACAUAGGACUGUGUCUUCACCAGGGUUACAUAGGACUGUCUUCACCAGGGUUACAUAGGACUGUGUCUUCACCAGGGUUACAUAGGACUGUCUUCACCAGGGUUACAUAGGACUGUGUCUUCACCAGGGUUACAUAGGACUGUCUUCACCAGGGUUACAUAGGACUGUCUCUUCACCAGGGUUACAUAGGACUGUGUCCUCACCAGUGUUACAUAGGACUGUGUCUUCACCAGGGUUACAUAGGACUGUGUCCUCACCAGUGUUACAUAGGACUGUCUCUUCACCAGGGUUACAUAGGACUGUGUCCUCACCAGUGUUGCUGUGCCAAUUGAUGACUGUCUGAGUAUGCAUGUUAAUCACAUAAUUGAAUGUUGGAUUCAUCCAGGAUUAAAAAGAAACAUCUGCACUGACCAAUGGGAUCUCUGGUAACACCACCACGUUAAGUGUGUGUGCAUGUGUAUCUGGACGUGGCGCCCAUGAAGAGCAUCCUCUUGUCUUCUACAUUAUAGAUGUGGCCUUGAGCUCAGACGAACACAUGUGGAGCACCUUAAUAAUUCAACACUGGGCACAUUCAUAUACUCCCUGAUUCACACUCUGGCACGCACUCACACCGUCAGACUGACGUUAAUAUACACACACACACUGUACAUACAAACACACACACACAGAUGGUCAUACCAGCACACCCUGCGACCCCCAGACGAACACACGGGAUCACUCACACACAGAACAUCAGAGCUCUUUUGUUUUCCCUCCUAACAUCAAGUCUUUCAGAGUGUCUCAUAGUUCUGCCUGCGGUCGGCCGUCUGGCCCCUGACAGACAGAACCCCAGACUUACUGUCUCCUCUUCUUAACACCCCCCCUCUUCACCGGGGUCCUUUUUCUCUCUUUGUAUAGAUUCACAAUGACUUUUGAUGAUGAAACAAAUCACGAUGGUCUGAACUGCCACUGAAAUCAGUGUGAAUCUGUACAACGAAUGAACCCAGUGAAAGCAGGCGCUAAUCAUUCUCCAGAGAGGCCAGACUUGCCACUCUGAUAACCAAGAGAGAUAAUUGUGGUGAGAGGUAAAUGAUUGGAUGUAGCAGACCCCCAGAGGAGCUGCUCUCUCUAGUGUACUGCUUUAUGAUCAGUGGCCUAGUUUGAACACAUGUCCUGUACCCUCCUCUGUGUUGACGGUUCAGAAUCCCCCUCUAGUGGUCAUGAAGAGAACUGUUUCUUGUAGUCAUUACAUUUACAUUUAGUCAUUUAGCAGACGCUCGUAUCCAGAGCGACUUACAGUAAGUACAGGGACAUUCCCCCUGAGGCAAGUAAGUGCCUUGCCCAAGGACACAACGUCAUUUGGCACGGCCGGGAAUCGACUGGCAACCUUCAGAUUACUAGCCCGAUUCCCUAACCGCUCAGCCACCUGACUAGUCAUAACCGCUUGAAAGAGAAGAAGCAACAUUGAUGGUGAAACAGGACUGACUCUGACCAAAUGCCGGUUCUCCACCUUUUCAAUUACUUUAUAUUACACGUGGGACUACAAAUGUGUGUUCAAGGCCAGAAUUGUAAAGCAGUGCAUUGAACUCUUCCUGUAACCAGAUUAGCAGGAUGUGGUGCUAUGAUUUUUUUUUUUUUUCAAUUAUUUUAAUUUGAUUUUGUUUUCUUUCCUUCCUCGUUUGUUUGUUUGUUCCCCUGAUUUUGGCUGUUGUCUUUCCUCAGGAGGUAUGUACACCUGCUCUUCCCAAACCUAGUCCAUCUCGCAGCUCUCCGGUGCUUUGGUGGUCCGCCAUGCUUUCGUUCUUCCUCAAUGAUUUCUGUUGUACUGUACGCCUUUUACGGUUUUCGUUUGUGGUUUAUCGUUUCGGUCGAGGGUUUGUCGCUCCAUUGUCCUGAAUCACAUUUUUACACGUUUUGGAUGUUUCGUUUGUCUGUUUGUCGGGUCUUCCAUUGAGCUGGUGGCUUGUCCACGUGCUGCUCUGUAUCUGUGUGUGCCGGCCGAGGUCUGGGUGCUUGCCUGGGUCAUCCGGUCUGGGACACGGUGGUCGAGUUUGCUGCUUUGUGACCACCCUAGUGACCGGUUUGAAUGUAUCUCUGUAUGCUGUGGUGAUCAACCUAUCUGGUCUGUGUUGUUUUGGGAGCUGCAGUGAUCCUUUUUCUACACGAAGAGCACAAAAUCGGGUGAAAUACGAAUAACGUGGGUUUAAUUCUUCAUUGAAACCAAAACAUUUCGAGCAAGGUAUUUGGUAUUAUAUUAUACGUAUGUAUACAUAUUUGAAUGUGAAGAAACCCAUGACAAGAAGUAACCUUCUAAACUGACCGACUCGGUUCGCUGAUGUGUAAACCUCUUCUCUGAUUGGAUGGAAAGGGAACACUGCACCUUUGCCAAAUAGCUCUAGCUCUGCUCUCUCUCUGUCAUGCUGGUAAUGAAUGUAUGGUGGGAGUUCGAGGCGGGGGGGUGGGGAUGUGGCUGUGGCCUUGGCCGGGCGGGGGGGGAGGAGAGUGAGGUGGGCCCGUGCAGGAGAGAGGGAGUGGAGGACUGCAGAAUUGUCAUGUUGGAUUGGGUGAUUAUUGGGGUCUGAUUUGACCAAGGAAGACCUGAGAGGUCCAGAGAAGUUCUACUCAUCAACGUGAUGGAUGUAACGAUCCACGUCGAUGAAGUAGACUCAUUGAAGAGCUGAUUGGACAAAAGCAUUGUAUAAGGAGUCCCUUUUCCACCUCCACAGUCUCCUUCCUACCUGCCACCCCCACCCCCUGGGCCCCCUGCAUGGGUAACCUGUCCAGCCCUCCACUGCAGACUAGCACCCUUGCCACCCCCUCUCCAAAGUCUCCCUAGGCAACCUCUCUUACCCUGGACGUUUUGGGGCGGGGGUCCAGCAGGGGGCGGCCAAGGUGUCGUCUCAUCUCCGUUAGUGACCGCAAUCGGACGUGAUCAUCGCUCUCAGUCUCCAACUCAAUCUCCUCUCAACUCUCGCUCUGUGGCCCUCUGGUCUUCCACUCUGUGUUUGGUGUCUUCCUUCCCGGAAAUCUCUAGAAUAGAAUGUGUGAUGCUGCCUACCAAUGUACAAUCCAACGCGUAGACUAGGACUGGAGGAGAGCUUGACAAACCCGUCAUGACUCCUAUUGAUUGAUUGGUCCUAUCAUAUACAGUAGAAUCCCUGUUAUAUGAUAUCCAGUGCCUGUGUGCUGUGUUUGCUGUGAUUUUAAAGACUUGAACAUUCACAGUUCGGUCACUUUACUGUUCUCUGUGUCUUCUGUAUUCGAUGGGGUGAAGGGCUGCUUGUACUAACAUGGGUGGUGGUCUAACUCGUCAACUGCGUAGCUAUCUUGGCAGCACUUCCCAGGCAUGGCAUCUCCAGACACUUUAUAUGAACACGUUCGUCACCAAGGAUCUGCUUGGACAGUAGCUCAGAGGGUUGUUGUCAGGGUUGUUAGCGGGGGGGCUAGAUUUGGCUUCAUAUCGUUUGUAAUGUCGGUCAUCUGAGUAGUCCUAGGGCAGGACUGGAGCUGACCAGUCAUACCAGUGGAAGAUUCCCAUACUGCGGAGCUGAAAAGCUUAGCCCAAAGCACCCCUCUCCCCCCGGCGUGAGCUUUCGUCUGCAGCUGUGAUCAGGUUUCCACAGGCAGGAAGUAGGGGUGAGGGCGGGGUCAGAGGUCAUCGACAGAUGGCUGAGCACCGGGUUAACCAGAGGGCCCCUGCAGAGUGUUUAAGAGGCUAGGGCUUCAGCCACGAGGCACUGCCAUGCCACGUUUCCUAAUCAUUCAUGACGCUCCAAGAUACCGGUCAUUUAAAAGAUGAAAUAGCAAUGGACUCUGUUUUUGUGGUCGUCAGUACAAGACCUGGGAUUUAUUUGAAUGGACUCGCUUAUUGCCAUCUCAACCCUUCUCUGCUGUCUGGCUGUGGGAAGCUGUUAGGCUGCAGUCAGGAGGUGUGGGGCUCUUUGGUUUUAGACCCAGUGUACAGAAUAGAGCUCUGUCUGAAGAGGCUCCAUAAGAUCGCUCCACUGAGUCCUGGCAGGGCUUUUACAUAAGCCCACUGGAAUGAACACAGCGACAGAGGCCUGUGCGGAUCCAUUUGGUUCCAGUAGACAGCGCGAGCGACAGUGAGGGUCUUAGUGUCCGGGAGUUUCUGCUCAUAAAUCCUCAAAUCCAUGACAUGAGUCUGGCCAGGUAGUCGUCUAGCUGCAACGGUGACGCUGGUGCUGGCCCGGGGGGGGUAUUAUGGGGAUGUAUGCGGAGACUGUUAGAGCCGUCUCAUUUGUCUGUCCGUCCGCCCCACGCAUCUGUCUGCCUGUCUGCUGCUCCGCCCUCCGCUGCUCAGCGUCCCCCCCACCCCCCUCCCCCACCCCCCUUCCCCCUCCCCUGCCCCGCCUCUAACGCAGGGUCUCUGCC